UGUGAACCGGGAAGAGGUGGGGGCUGUGGUCAAACCCACCACGACCUAAACAGCACCAGGAGGGAGAGGAGGGAGGAGAGCCGCAGCCCGCAGCAGCAGCGUUGCAGCCCCGCUUUCAGCCUGCAUGGGCUAGUCGGUUAGCUAGCUUAGCAUCGUCCGACUGCGCCGCACCGCCUCUCCUGCCGCCGAGAACACCGGGUUGUUAUCUCCGUGUUUUCCCCUCCGUCCCCCCCAGUCCUGCCUGCCCACCGCCCUGCUUCAAGAUGAUGAAGUUUAGGUUUCGUCGGCAGGGCACCGACCCGCAGAGAGAGAAGAUAAAACAGGAGCUUUUCGCCUUCAACAAGACUGUGGAGCAUGGUUUCCCUCAUCAGCCCAGUGCUUUGGCCUUUGACCCCAAGCUGGAACUUAUGGCCAUCGGGACAAAGUCAGGAGCCAUCAAAGUCUACGGGUGUCCUGGUGUGGAGUUCACAGGACUACACAAUGACACUACUGCUGUCACACAGAUCCACUUCCUGCCUGGACAGGGACGCCUGCUGUCACUGCUGGAUGACAACACGAUUCACCUGUGGGAGCUGGUGGCUGGAGCCCCGAGAGAGGUGGGAGGGGUUAAGAGAGAAGGCGUGGUCAGUCUUCAGGAAGUGGACAGCUACAGCCUCCCAGGAAGACCUGGCAUUGAGAGCUGCAGUGCCACUCGGGUGACUGUCCUCCUCUUGCUGAGGUCAUGCGACCUGCUCUGCAUUGGCACAGAGGGAGGGGGUGUGUACUUCCUGGAGUUGCCCCGCCUAUCACUGAAGGACAACCAGACACUGCCACAGGAUCAGGUCACGCAGAGCCUGCCAGAUGAUUACAGAUGUGGGAAAUCCUUAGGCCCGGUGGAGUCUCUCCAGGAACAUCCUCAGCAGUCAGGGAAGAUUCUGAUUGGUUACAGCCGGGGCCUGGUGGUGCUUUGGGAUCUGAGCACCCGUCAUGCCGAGCAGCUCUUCCUGGGCAAGCAGCAGCUGGAGAGCCUGGUGUGGGAACGCUCUGGAAACUUAUUUGUCAGUUCCCAUAACGAUGGGGGCUACUCUGUGUGGGCUGUUACUAAUGGCAACACCUACAAUCACCAGCCAGUGUCCUCCACCAUCCCAUAUGGUCCUUUUCCCUGUAAGGCCAUCAACAAGAUCCUGUGGAGAACAACGCAGACGGGCUCUCCAGUGUUGUUAUACAGCGGAGGGAUGCCCAGAGCCAGCUACGGUGACCGCCACUGUCUGACCAUCCAACAGGACAAAGAGCAUGUGACUCUGGACUUCACAUCCCGAGUCAUCGACUUCUUCACUGUCCACAGCAUAGAGCAAGACAAAGAGUUUGAUGAGCCGUCUGCGUUGGUAGUGUUACUGGAAGAGGAGCUGGUUGUGAUUGACCUCCAGACCCCCGGGUGGCCCUCGCUGCCCACUCCCUACCUGGCUCCUCUCCACUCCUCAGCCAUCACCUGCUCCUUCCACGUCUCCAGCGUCCCUCCCAAACUCUGGGAGAGGCUGGUCAACGCCGGCAAAGCACAGCAGAGCCGACAAUACGCACACAGGAGUUGGCCCAUUUGUGGAGGGAAAAACCUGGCUCCUCAACCCAAACAGCAAGAGCUGCUGUUGACAGGGCACGAGGAUGGCACCGUGCGUUUCUGGGAUGCUUCAGGUGUUGCUCUUACUCCGAUGUAUAAACUCGGCACAGCCAAUGUCUUCCACACCGACUGCGACCCUAGCGAUGACCCUCAGGACCCUAGCGACGACCCCGACAUGCAGCAGGAGGAAGAGUGGCCUCCCUUCAGGAAGGUGGGCUGUUUUGACCCGUACAGCGAUGACCCCAGACUGGGCAUCCAGAAGAUCAGUUUGUGCAAAUACAGCAACAAGCUGGUGGUGGCUGGAACUGCUGGACAGGUGAUUGUUCUGGGUUUGAGUGACGAGCGUUCGGACCACUUGGUGGAUGUGUCUGUGGUUGAUCUGCUGCAGGACAGGGAGGGCUUCACCUGGAAGGGCCAUGACAGGCUGGAUCCGCGCCUUAAACCCGCCCCCUUCCCCCCGGGCUUUCAGCCGCUGGUGCUGGUGCAGUGCAUGCCCCCGGCCUCCGUUACAGCGGUGGCUCUGCAUGCAGAGUGGAAUCUGAUCUCCUUCGGGACGAGUCAUGGAUUUGGCCUGUUUGACUACCACAGACGAAACGCUGUGCUGGCCAGAUGUACCCUUCACCCGAAUGACUCCUUGGCGAUGGAGGGCCCCCUAUCCCGAGUCAAGUCCUUGAAAAAGUCCUUACGACAGAGCUUCAGACGCAUCCGCAAGAGCAGGGUGUCUGGGAAGAAACGCCCCAUCGCCACACCCACCAGCAAGGUCCAGGAGGCCAACGCUGCUCUAGCAGAGCAGGAGGACGUGGCUCCGAUACAGCGAAGGAUCGAACCGCGGUCAGCAGACGACUCGCUUUCUGGAGUGGUCCGAUGUCUCUGCUUCGCUGACACCUUUCUACGUGAUGGUACACACCACGGCCCCACACUAUGGGCGGGCACCAACUCGGGCAGUGUGUAUGCCUACGCUCUGGAGGUGCCCGGCAUCGGCUUGGGCCGCGUGUGUGAUCGUGGCGGAGCGGGUGAGAGCAGUGUGUGUGUGGAGGCGGUGUUGGGUAAAGAGAUCCAGCUGAUGCACAGAGCCCCCGUGGUGUCGAUCUCUGUGUUAGACGGCCGGGGGAAACCGUUACCGGACCCCUACGAAGCCUCCCAGGACCUCGCCAUCGCGCCGGAUAUGACCAACGCUCACUCUGUCCUCAUCGCAUCAGAGGAACAGCUAAAGGUCUUCUCUCUCCCCAAGGUGAGCGCUAAGACCAAAUUUAAGCUGACUGCACAUGAAGGCUGUCGGGUGAGGAAGGUGGCGCUGGUGGUGUUCAGCUCCACUGCUCAGGAAGACUACAGCGAACACACACUGGUCUGUCUCACCAACCUGGGCGACAUGCACCUCUUUAACAUACCUGCCCUCCGACCUCAGGUUCGCUACGACUGCAUCCGAAAAGAAGACAUCAGCGGCAUCGCGUCCUGCGUGUUCACCAAGAACGGACAGGGGUUUUACCUGAUCUCUCCCUCAGAGUACGAGAGGUUCUCCCUGUCUGCUAAAGUCCUCACUGAGCCACUCUGCUCAGUUCAGCUGGACCGACCGCUAGAGCACCUAGCCAGCGAUGGCACGACGCCGCCGCAGGCCAACGGAACCCACAAGAACCAGUUGGGUCAGGCUGAGGGGCAAACGGAAGAGCCUCCGAGCAGCCUGUCCUCUCCCAUGUCGGACACCCCGCUGGACUCCCCCCUCAGCUGCGCCGACCUCACCCUGGACUCCACCGGAGAAAUCACUGUGGAGGACGUCAGGGAUUUCCUAACCACGGUGGACGAGGCAGAGAAUAACCUAAAGAACAUUAAAGAGGAGGAGGGACGCUCCACUGGCAUCCUCAUUAACUGAACAGGGAGGGGCUCAAGUGGUCUGGAUGGACCGGAUUUCAGUGCUGGACCACAAACAUCUCCCAUCAACAUCCCACCGUGGAGCCCCCAGCCGGCGCUCUGCACUCUCCUGUUAGCCUGGCACAAGCCGGGAGGAACCCUUCACACGAACAAAGAACACUGCAUCAAAGACUCCAGUUUCUUCUUCUUCUUCUUCUUCUUCUUUUUCUUUUUCUUCUUUUUCUUCUUUUGACAUGACAUUGCCUCCCACAUGGCGCUACAGACAGCCUACCUAGCACAUUGUGGCGCCUGGAUGGAUUUGGAGCAGAUGAUUCUGAUUUUUAAAAAAGCACUGAAAACUGAACUUUCCGUCGGCCAUCUUGACGCUCUGUGCGAUCGUUCCUCCUCGGCCCUUCUUCCCGCGGUGGCUCUACGGUUAUGGGGCAUUCUCCAAUGACUGCAGCUCAGCCUUCAAAUAAAGGGCUGUUACAUCCUGCAUUGGAGACUUACCAGAGACAUUUCUGUGUUUUAAAUUUUCUAUCCACAGUUUGUUUUGUUUGUUUUUGGGUGUGCUGGGAUCGGGCUGAGGUUUCCCCACAUUUGGAACUUGAAUCGGUGUGCAAAUGGACACACUAGUGGACGUGUUGGAUUGUUUUUUUGCACGCUGCUCAACACACGCCACAGCCCUGUGACUGACCCGUGUUUAUAAAGUGAAGAUAUCCAGCAGAGACUGAACUGGAGCUUUGUAGAGUACAAGAGGGUAAGACUAGGAAAUGAAGUAUUUUGAAUUUUUGUGUAUUCUUCCCCUCUUAGGUGCCAUAAAGUGAGCCAAUAUGUUAUCACACACAAGCACAUCACCACCAAGGUUUUAAGAAGCUCUCGGUUUACUCUCUUGGUAUUGAAGAAAAAGGUACUUGGAUAAUGAAGGUGUUUUGUAAUACAAAGAUUAAUGUUAUAUUGCAUAUGUUUUGUAUGGCUUUUGGAGAAGGUAAAGAUAUUUUAAUGACAAAUGGAAAGGGGGGGGGGGGGUGCAAGAGGAAAGAAUUCACAUCGAUUUCAAAGGGAACCAGCUGAUAAAGAGGGAAGCCCAGGCGGUACAAUGUAUGAAGGACUAGAGCAGAUUUAGGUGAAAUAAUAUUUUUGAAAUCCCUUUAUUGCUAAAUGCAUGGCCUGAGUUGCAAAUGCAUUCUUUAUCCUUCAGUCUAAAUUUGAUCAAAUCUGUUUUCAUCGGGCGGUUUAUAGAACUCGGAGUUCAUUGUGUUCUAGUUUGGUCAAAUCCGGGUGUAAAGAAAAGAAAAGUGUUCGGUAAUUUGAAAAAAAAGAAGGUAAAGAAUGUGUUGAGUUGUAAAAUGCUCCAUCCUCUGUUCAUCAUCUCACGCAGGAAUCUUUUUGACGGGACUCAGGGAAGUGUGGCAAGGGAAGCAAAGUCAGUCUGAAUGCUAAGUGUAAUGUACUGUGUACUAUGAUGCACCCAGGAGAUGUCUUUCGUGGGUUUCUGUGAAUCGGUGCAUUCUGGGUAAUAUUGGCUAGAUGCAGAGCUUUGAUCACCAGUAUUUUUAACCCUUUUAAAAAAAGUUUUACUGUGUAAAAAGAAAAUAUAUACAGUAUCUAUACCUAGGUUUACAGAAGACGGGUUUAUAACGGCAAGCCGACGAUAGUAAAGCGUUAGAACUUUGUAGAACCUGUCGUAGCCUAAAAAAAACGCAGUUUCAAGCUUUUUGAUCACGUAAAAUAAGUAAAAAAGGGACCUCACUACUAAUAAUGUAGCUCAACAGGUAGGGAUCAUGUUAAUGCUUUUUUUUAUUUUUUUGUUACUUUAGUGUUAGCUUGUUUUGGUGCUCUGGUUGACACACACAUAAUUAACCCCUUGAUGCUACAGCUGGCACGAUUUACCUUUUUAAUUCCACGAUUAAGAUGAAUUUGUUUCUAUUUUGUCAUUCAGUUUUGUGUGUAGGAUUUUAAUCGGGUCCUUUAGCGUUUUGGCUGAUGAAGGAUUGUGAAUGUUAAUAAAAUUAUUUACUCUCUCUA